AUGGCAAGUGACGAGCAGAUAACUUUGCGAGGAACUCUGAAAGGCCAUGGCGGCUGGGUGACACAGGUGGCAACUACGCCGAGUGAUCCAAACAGGAUCAUUUCCUGCAGCCGAGACAAAACAAUAAUUAUAUGGAAACUACAGAAAGAUGAACAGUCGAUCACCGGCGUUCCUGCUCGAGCGCUGCAUGGCCAUGGUCAUUUCGUGACCGAUGUCGUGAUGUCGUCUGAUGGCCAGUUUGCUCUAUCCGGCUCUUGGGACAAGACUUUGCGUCUGUGGGAUUUGAAUGCGGGCGUCACUACACGAAGAUUCACCGAUCACACGAAAGACGUGCUGAGCGUGGCGUUUUCUGCAGACAAUCGCCAAAUCGUGUCCGGGUCACGUGACAAAACCAUCAAACUCUGGAACACGUUAGCUGUUUGUAAAUACACCAUUCAGGAGGACUGUCAUACUGAUUGGGUGUCAUGCGUUCGUUUUUCACCAAGUAAUCAGAACCCGAUUAUAGUUUCAUGCGGAUGGGAUAAAGUGGUGAAGGUAUGGAAUCUCGCCAACUGCAAGCUUAAGACUAACCAUAUGGGCCACAAUGGUUAUCUUAACGCGGUAACGGUUAGUCCUGACGGUUCUCUAUGCGCAUCUGGUGGCAAGGAUGGGAAAGCAAUGCUGUGGGAUCUGAACGAAGGAAAACAUCUUUAUACGUUGGAUGGAAAUAAUAUAAUCAACGCCUUAUGUUUCAGCCCUAAUCGCUAUUGGCUCUGUGCUGCCGUCGGUCCAAUCAUAAAGAUUUGGGAUCUAGAAGAUAAGCGAGUCGUUGAUGAACUAAAGUUGGAGAAGGUGACGCAAUCGAAAGCUGCGCCUGCGGAAUGCAUAUCUUUAGCUUGGUCUCCAGAUGGACAAACGCUUUAUGCUGGAUUUACCGAUAAUAUAAUAAGAGUGUGGCAAGUUUACAAUCCGGCUACUGCCCACUAA